GAGUUUGAAAGAAAGAAACAAGAAAUAUUAGCUGCUCAAAGUGCAUCAGUUGUGGAUGGAGAAACUAAUUCAGCUAGUCAGCCGGCUCAGUUAAGUGAAAUGGAUAUCUGGGUACAAUCUGUUGGUGGAAAGAAAAAAGGAAGAGUCAAAGGUCUUGGCUCCCUGGGUCGAAGUGUAAAGGCACCUAACAAUUCAACAUCAACUUUUUCAAAAGAAAUUGAUGAGAUGAUUAAGUCUCAAGUUGAUGCUUCAAAUGCUGAUUUGUAUGCUCAGUUGCAGAAUGAGCGAAAGAAAAAUAAGAGGAUGAGAAAUGAAUUAUACUUGUUGAUAAAGCAUGUAUACAACAAAUCAUCUUCAAAUGAUGAACGCCGAUCUCAAGAAGACAACCAAGCUAAUGAGGAUAAAAGUGAUGAUUACUCUGACGACGUGAAUGAAAGUGAUAAUCCUGAUAACGUGAAUGAAAGUGAUUCUGACCCUGAUGGUUGGUAGUUUUAUUGAGGAUUCAAGUUUGAAAUAUUUUAUUUUGGACCAUUUAAGAAUCAUACAUUAUUGAUGUGGAUGUUUUGAAUUAUGUUUUUUUGUUAGCUGUAAUGGUUUACAUUAAACUUUUAUUGAAUGAUGUUUUUGAGAAU